UUAGGUUCCAAGACAGUGAAAGACUAGGGAGAGGGAUGGCUAGUGAGGUUUAGAUCAUGUUGAGCCCUACCUUUGUUUUGUGGGAUGUUGGAUAUCCCUUAUACAUAUAUGGAUCCAUCUGCGUUAUUGCAUUAAUUAUUUGGCAAGUGAAAAAGAGCCGCCAAAAAUUAAGGUUGGGACCUGAGAGGAGCUGUUGCCGGUGUCACCGAAGAGUCCAACAAAAGCCUGGAGAUGGAAUAUCAAGAGCUAGGAGAACUUCCCAGGAAGAAGCCAAGAAGUUGUGGAAGCUGCUGUUUCUCAUGAAAAGCCAGGGCUGGCUUCCUCAGGAAGGAAGUGUGCGGCGAAUCCUGUGUGCAGACCCCUGCUGCCAAAUCUGCAAUGUUAUGGCUCUGGAGAUUAAGCAAUUGCUAGUAGAAGCUCCAGAAAUUGGCUUGGAUAACAAGAUGAAGCUGUUUCUGCGCUGGAUUAAUGCUGAAAUGAAAGAUCGAAGGCAUGAGGAAUCCAUUCUCCUUUCUAAGGCUGAGACAGUGACCCAAGACAGGACAAAAAACAUUGAGAAGAGUCCAACUGUCACCAAAGAUCAUGUGUGGGGAGCUACAACAGAGAAGACAACAGAGGACCCUGAGGCUCAGCCUCCUUCUGAGGAGGAAGGCCUGAUCUUCUAUGAUGCCCCCCAGUGCCUAAAUAAUCUGCUCUAGCAACACUCCCUUCAGUCCAGCCAAUCCUGGGUCCUGUGCCACUCCUACAAAUGCUCCAAACUCUGUCCUCAAAUGACUUGUGCCACUCAACCAGGAAAUCUAUCCCAGGUCUAACUCACCUCAGCAGAAGGCACUGGUUUAUGCAAGAAUACCCAUUACAAGACAAAGGAGUUCAUAGGUUCCUGAACCUCUGCAUCCCCCUGAAAAAGGCUUUCAUUGCCAUUUCCAUUAACAUGCAGGUGAAGCAGGGCAUUCUCCAAAUAUACUUUGUACCUCUAAGCAAA